AUGGCGACUCCCAAGCGUAUCCAAAUCAAACCCGAGAGUCUUCCAUCCACGGGGAUAUACCAAACGCAUCCACUGCCGACUGAGACGACCGCAAAAGUAUCGCAACUUCUGCAACAGAAUCAUGAUAAUUAUCAUAUAUACAUCCACAACCUUGGGCUUCAUAACCAUAUCGCACACCACAUUCUAGCACUGUAUGCUCUCGGGGCGACUACAACCCAGCUUGCCAAUGCCUACAAUCUGGCCACAGACUCGCAAAAGCCAACUCGAGAGCCCGAUGCGCGCCGAGUUUCGGAUUUCGCCGAUCCGGCCAAAUUCAAGCUAUGCCUUGGGAGGGGAAAGUACUAUGAUGAGUACUUUGCCUUCUUUCAGAAAGAGAUCUCUGCCAACGGCGUGGCUGAUACCGUCACUGAAUUUCUAUUCAAAGGAGACGACAGGGCUGAGGAUAUGUUGUACCGGUUCUUCAGCGGGUUCCUACACUGUCCUAUCCAUCUAGGGUAUGCCAUCGAGUUCGACCAGCCUGUGUUGGCAGCCGAGGCCCUCGCUAUGACUGCCGUUCAUGAAUCGUCAUUUGGGGAGAUUCUGAAGCUCGUUGAGCAGAAUUCCCACAUAGUAUCCGAGUCCAAAGGAUUAGUCGAAAUCCAAGAAGAGAUCUAUAAUAACGACAAGCUACGAAAGGCAAUGGACUAUGAGCAUGGGACCUUCCAGAUCAGAGACGGGCUAUUAGAAAAUGCCAGAACAGAGUUCUUGCACGCAAUAGCUUCUUGGAAAGCAAAGCCACAUGAGCUUGAGGAGAAGACCGCCGAGUGUCUCAACGCCGCUAUAUAUUGGACGACACUAGCCCAGAGGCCCGAUAAACAGAUUCGAUUCGAUUUCUUCCUUAUGCACUCCAUUACUGCAGGAUCCUUCUGGCCCGUGUUGAACAGUGUUCCGUGGAUUCCACUCUCCGCCAAGUGCCGCUUGUUGGAAUGGAAGGGCCGUUCAGACUUAAUGCUGUACUGCCAGUGUGGCGCGCCUCGCCCUAUCCCGGAGGAGAUGGUCAGGUAUAAGCCCGUCCGGCCCUCUGGCUGGGAAGACGUCUUCGUACGUGCCCGUGACUACGCAGACGAUGGUCACCUAGCCAAAUUCAUUCGUGCGUUGGCCACUGCUGCGCAACUGACGAAGCCGUUUGCCAAAAAUUCAAGGUUCAAGCUCACGACUGACCAGCAAUUCUUGACUCUCGCUCAUAUGGUGGUCGAUUCCGGUGAGCAGUUCAAUCGGGAGUCCGUUGCCAGAGAGACAGAGAUGGUCAACGAUAAACUCGAAUACCCUCGGGUCAUGUCAGUCGAAAUUCAAAAGGUCACAGCUCGUUGGCCUCGCCAUGUGGGCUUUGCCGAGUCGUGGUUCCAUGUUCCAGCUCGCAAGUCGCAGUCGCAGCUGUGA